AUGGGCAACGUCUGCCUGAGGCUCUGGGUAUACUUGAAGUCCUAUCUCCCCUGCUUUGUCCAGGAGGCAGACAAACAGGUGGUGAAUGAGAAUGCAGCUAUCCCCUGCCCCACUAAUGCUCCCAGGCCACAGGGCCACUACUUUGUGGCCCUGUUUGAUUACCAGGCUCGGACUGCAGAGGACCUGAGCUUCUGUGCAGGUGAUAAGCUCCAAGUCCUGGACACUUCCCAUGAGGGCUGGUGGUUCGCCAGGCACUUGGAGAAAAAGGAACACCGCUCUGGCCAGCAGCUGCAGGGAUAUAUUCCUUCUAACUAUGUGGCUGAGGACAGAAGCCUAGAGGCAGAGCCGUGGUUCUUUGGAGCAAUCAAGAGAGCAGAUGCAGAAAAACAACUAUUAUACUCAGAAAAUCAGACAGGUGCUUUUCUAAUCCGAGAAAGUGAAAGUCAGAAAGGAGAUUUCGUUCUUUCAGUUUUAUAUGGAAGGGUUGUGAAACACUACAGAAUCAGAAGACUGGAUGAAGGGGGCUUUUUCCUUACUCGGAGAAUGACCUUUUCAACACUGAAUGAAUUUGUGAGCCACUAUACCAAGGCAAGCGACGGCCUGUGUGUCAAGCUGGAAAAACCAUGCUUAAAGAUACAAGUCCCAACUCCUUUUGAUUUGUCAUACAAAACUGUGGACCAGUGGGAGAUAGACCGCAACUCUAUACAGCUUCUGAAGCGAUUAGGAUCCGGUCAGUUUGGUGAAGUGUGGGAAGGCCUGUGGAACAAUACUACUCCAGUAGCAGUAAAAACGUUAAAACCAGGUUCAAUGGAUCCAAAUGACUUCCUGAGGGAGGCACAGAUAAUGAAGAACUUAAGACAUCCAAAGCUUAUCCGGCUUUAUGCUGUUUGCACUUUAGAAGAUCCAAUUUAUAUUAUUACAGAGUUGAUGAGACAUGGAAGUCUGCAAGAAUAUCUCCAAAAUGAUGCUGGAUCAAAAAUCCAUCUGACUGAACAGGUAGACAUGGCCGCACAGGUUGCCUCUGGAAUGGCCUAUCUCGAGUCCCAGAACUACAUCCACAGAGAUCUGGCUGCCAGAAAUGUCCUUGUUGGUGAACAUAAUAUCUACAAAGUGGCAGAUUUUGGACUUGCAAGAGUUUUUAAGGUAGAUAAUGAAGACAUUUAUGAAUCUAAACAAGAAAUAAAGCUGCCAGUGAAAUGGACUGCACUUGAAGCCAUUCGUACUAAUAAAUUCAGCAUUAAGUCCGAUGUGUGGUCAUUUGGAAUCCUUCUUUAUGAAAUCAUGACUUAUGGCAAAAUGCCUUAUAGUGGUAUGACAGGUGCUCAGGUAGUCCAGAUGUUGAGUCAAAACUAUAGACUCCCUCAACCACCUGACUGUCCAGAGAAACUCUACAACAUCAUGUUGGAGUGCUGGAAUGCAGAACCGAAGGAACGGCCAAGUUUUAAGAGGCUGUAUUUGAUCCUUGAGGACUAUUUUGAAAUAGACUCUUCAUAUACAGAUCAUUUCAUAGGAUGA